AUGCUUCCCCACGCAAGUAGCUUCUCCCUUCUGCUAGUUACAAACAAAGUUCUCAUAUCACUAAACAGGGCGGUCAGUAUCAUACCCAUCGGUUUCAACAACCCAGAUUUCAUCAAAGCCUUCGCCCGGUCCUUCGUUUCAUUUGCUAUCUCCCUUGACCCCGGUUACAAGCUAAACUCAUCAAUUAUCACUCCGCUGUGGGAUUUGUAUCGCCCUGGUAACACUGAGAUGGUGUUCAAUAAGACUGUUGACGAUUCACCUGAUGUACAUGCUGUGAGAACUGACGGGAGACUUUUGGAUUGGUGCAGGUUUUGGGAGUCAAUUGGUUCAAUUACUGGACAAUAA